AUGCGAUCCAAGUUCAAGGACGAACAUCCCUUUGAGAAGCGCAAGGCCGAGGCCGAGCGCAUCCGUCAGAAAUAUGCCGACCGUAUUCCUGUUAUCUGCGAAAAGGUCGAAAAGUCGGACAUUGCCACCAUCGACAAGAAGAAGUACCUCGUGCCAGCCGAUCUCACAGUGGGACAGUUCGUCUACGUUAUCCGCAAGCGCAUAAAGCUCUCCCCCGAGAAGGCCAUCUUCAUUUUCGUCGAUGAGGUCCUACCACCCACCGCUGCACUGAUGAGCAGCAUCUACGAAGAACACAAGGACGAAGAUGGCUUCUUGUACAUCACAUACUCCGGAGAGAACACUUUCGGUGACCUGUAA